ACUCACUUAGGGCGCGAUUUGACUGACUACCUGAUGAAAAUCUUCACCGAGAGGGGCUACUCCUUCACCACCACGGCAGAGCGUGAAAUCGUACGCGAUAUUAAGGAAAAACUUUGCUACGUCGCCCUGGACUUUGAGCAAGAAAUGGCGACGGCAGCCAACUCCACCUCCCUAGAGAAGAGUUAUGAACUGCCCGAUGAUCAAGUGAUCACCAUUGGAAACGAAAGGUUCAGGUGCCCAGAGGCCUUAUUCCAACCCUCGUACCUGGGUAUGCAAUCUUGCGGUAUCCACGAAACCGUUUACAAUUCGAUCAUGAAGUGCGACGUCGAUAUCAGCAAGGAUUUGUACGCCAACACCGUGUUGUCCGGAGGUACCACCUUGUACCCCGGUAUCGCCGAUCGUAUACAAAAAGAAAUCACCGCCUUGGCUCCGUCAACCAUUAAAAUUAAAAUCAUCGCACCCCCCGAGAGGCAAUACUCCGUAUGGACCGGUGGCUCGAUCCUGGCCUCCCUAUCCACCUUCCAGCAGAUGUGGAUCUCGAAGCAGGAAUACGACGAGUCCGGCCCCGGCAUCGUACACCGCAAAUGUUUCUAAAUUAUUCGGUUUUUUUUUUCGUUUUAUUUAUUUUUACGGGGGAAAGACACCGGGAUGACGACGGUACUGCCUUAAAAGACUUUUGUAUUCAAUUUUUUUGACGGUAAAUUUAAUGAUAAUUUGUUAUCGG